UCUACUCUUGCCUGCAACUGAAUCCAAGACUUUGAUUAGGUGAGCUAAACCUGAAUCCAAAAAAUUAUUUUCAUUCCCAACCAAAACACUCAAAUUAAAAAAAUCUACCAACUCCAUCCCAUCAACUCCCCAUUUCACAACCCCAGUCUAUAACUCUCUCUAUAUAUACACACACAUGAUUCCUUCAAUGCAUCACAAAAACAUCAAAGAACUCCUAAAUCUUUUUCAUGGAUAGCCACAACUUUCUUUUUAUCACAAACAAGGCCGCAGCCGCAGCCGCAGCCGCAGCUUAUCUUCUGUUCCUCACCUUCACCAUUGCAAUUGCCUCCUCAGCUCCAACCCUCGAUGAAGAGCCACCACUUCCAGUUGUCCCCCCGCAGCCAUCUGCGCAACCUAAUCCUGGUGUAGCUGCAGCCACUAGUGCCUCAACAGGCAACCUUGGCCAUACCUUGACCUUCUUCAUGCAUGAUAUACUUGGUGGGUCAAACCCUACUGCUAGAGCAGUUACCGGCAUAGUCAGCAAUCCGGCAGCCAAUGGUCAAGUCCCGUUUGCCAAACCCAAUGGUGCAGUCCUCCCUGUCGGCAAUGGGGUGCCACAAAACAACAACAAUAAUGGACUUAUAAACAACAAUAACUUACCAUUCCUCACAGGUCUCGGCGGCACCACAGCGAAUGUGGUUCAAAAUAAUGGCAAUAAUAACUUGUUCAACAAUGGAUUUAACGUCCCAGUUGUUAAUGGAGACCAACUUCCUUCCACUCUUCAACAGCUCAUGUUCGGAACAAUCACUGUGAUCGAUGAUGAGUUAACGGAAGCUCAUGAUUUAAGGUCAGGAUUUGUCGGCAGGGCACAAGGGUUCUAUGUGGCGAGUUCUGUGGAUGGUACUAGCCAAACUAUGGCAUUUACCACUCUGUUUCAGAAUGGUCAUUAUGAGGACAGUCUUACCUUUUUUGGGGUUCACCGGACCGCCAUGUCGGAGUCUCAGCUUGCUAUUAUGGGUGGCACCGGAAAGUAUGUUAAUGCCAAGGGUUUCGCCAUUGUUAAGACCUUCCCUGGUAAUAAUCAGCAUGAGACUGAUGGUGUUGAGACGCUGCUGGAGUUUACUGUCUAUAUAAGCUACUGAUCAAAUCUGUGUUUGAUGUAUGUUAUUACAUGUACUUGAGGAAUAUGUCAGAUUUGUGUUUGUGUGUAAAUUGUGAAUCAUGUUCGAUAAAAGUUUUAAGAAAUUUCAGUUUACUUUCAUGGAGUUAAAAAGAAAAAGAAAGAAAGAAAAUUAUCUGU